UCCCGCUGACAGUGUCAAUGAUGCUAAAUUUUGACACAUGUUUAUCAGAAAGGUUUUCGAAAAAUAUUUACAUGUGAUUUAUUUCUGAAAAUGAGUGAGAGUUUGAGUACUCGUUCCAAAACUGUGACUGAUUCUAUCGAGUCUGAAUCUGUUGAUAGCCCACCGAUAUUCGACCGAUGGACAAACAACAUAAGUUACCGUCAGCUUGUGGUGUCAUCCGGCAUCGGUAUAUUCCAACUAUGGUGGCACCCGUACUUAUUCGACUUAAAGAAGUUAUUACCCUUCUUGUUUCUAUACAAUGUGUUCAGUAUAAUUAUUGCAUACCCGCUGUUUUACCUGGAGCUUGCGCUUGGCGUGGCCACCAAGAAAAGUGUGCUCAACUGCUGGGAUUUGGCGCCUAUGGCUAGAGGCAUAGGUUUCGCAAUGCUGUCGACGUGCAUGUUCACGGCGCUGGCAGCUGGCGCGGUGGGGGCAUGGUGUUUAGCGCUGAUGGUGCAUUCGAUACAUACGUUCCUGCCGUGGCUGCACUGCGCGGCGGCUGCACGCCCGCCCUGCGCGGCGCGGCAUCGACCACUGCCGGCGGGCAGCGAGACGCCCGCGCAGUCAUUCUUUUUUAAUUUCGUGUUGGAUCUAAAGCGAGAUGGGCUGGAGGGCGGUCUAGGUAACGUGGUAUGGGAGUUGACGACAUACUACGUCAUAUGCUGGGUCCUCAUCUACUUUAUCGUCAUCAAACGGAUAUACAGCUACUCGAAGUUGGUGCUGUUCAAAGACGUGUUGACAUACUUUGUGCUCGUAUGCGUGGCGGUGGGCGCGAUGCAGCUGAAGGGAGCCGGACGCAUGUUCAGCGACUGCAACUGGAGCGUCAUCUUUGAAGGCUUACAGAUGUGGCGCGAAGCCAUGGAGUACUCGUUGAUCGAGAUGACAGUGUGCCAGGGAUCUCUUGUCAUGCUUGGCUCGUACUGUCCUAAAGCACAACACAAGCUCAGUACUACGGCGAUGCUCGCUCUCGCCGUGUCUAAGACCACUUGUAUGAGUGCCGCGUUGGUCUUAGGAGCCACGCACGGAGCUCUCUAUAAGGACUACGAUAAUGUUACUAAUAUUUGGCCUGGAUCCGCAGGAUCUAUAAUCCUGUGGUCAGACUAUGUAGCGCGGAUACCGGGCAGUCAGUUCUGGUCUGCGCUUAUAUUCUUCACACUCUUCAUAUUGUCAGUAACCACAGCGGCGCUGUUAGUACAAACAGUAAUGUCGACGUUCACCGGAAGAACGAUCAGGAAGAUCAGAUGGGCCUUCCUUGUCGUCAUAUGUAUGCUCUUCUGUCUGAUAGGAGUCAUCUUGGUUUGCACACAGGGUGGUUUAUACGUAAUGAACUUCCUAAUGACCUGGCCGGCGAGCAAGCCGCGGGUCCCUGUGGCUGCAUUAAUGGCCACUGUCAUCACGUACAUCUACGGACAGACGACGUUCUGUGCGGAUGUGUACUUCGCGGUCGGAGAGUACCCUAGUGUGUUCAUGAGGAUUUGUUGGGCGCUCUCACCGGCUAUCAUGAUGAGUACAUUCGCGGGCGGCGCGGGCUCAUGGCACACGAGUGAGACGACGGUGGGCUGGAUGCUGGUGGGCGCGUGCGUUGUCAUGCCCAUCGCAGCCGUCAUGCUCUUCUACGGCGUCUUCAAGUGUAGGGUCCGGAAUAUCGUUCGAGACGAAAAAUAAUUUAUUAAAAAUCAACGUUUGUAUUUCUCAUUUGUAAUUUGAAUGAUAAAAUGAAACAUUGAAAUCAGAAUGACAUCUUAUUUUAUUCACAAAAUUUUUCAUAACACCAAUUUGUUACCAAAAUAAAGGAUUAUUUUAUAAUUAGUCAUACACACAUAUCCACAUAACAACUUAGAAAGCUGAUCAUAAUAAAUAAUGCACGAGGUUUAAACAUUGGCAUUUUUUUUUGUCUUUUUUAAAGUGAACAUUAUCUAUUGUGACCAGCAGGAGUAUUUUUUACACAAUAUAUAAUUCUGUAGUUGGUUAAAUAAAAACGUUAAUCAGCUUCGCUUGAUUGGGGAAAAAACACUCCUUCUAUUAAUACAGCCUUGGAUCUUAUCUCUAAAAUUAACCAUAACUUAAAUAAUGAACUUCUCAUAUAAAAAUAAUAAUGAUAAGCAUUAUUACUACAUACAUCUUUUUAAAAGUUUAUAAUCUAAGUAGAUAGACCGCCAAAGUGUUCAUUGUAAAGUAUUCCAUUUCUUUCAUAUUCGUUUUUAUAUUGCUUUGUGUUCAAAAUAAGAAUUUACAGCAGUAAAUAAUUUAUAGCAACGGUAACGAUAUUACAUUAUUCGAUAAAUAUAAUAUGACAUUGCACCAAAAGAUAAAAUCUUAUGGGGACUAGAUGCGUAGUUUGAAACAAAAUAACACUUGUUCACAAUACAAUACAUGCUCAGGCAUAAAACAAGAAAAAUAUUUGGCUUAUAAUACAAUUUAGAAUCACGAUAAAUCACUCAUUGCUUUACUAACUAUGGGGCAGGCUCACUUGGCCUUCGAAAAAACGUAUGAUGAAUACAGUGUACCUAUGAGAUUGUGAAAUAUCAAUUAUGAAUAUGCAUGCAUCCCUUAUCUUUAAAUUAUUAAAACAGCCUGCCGUAAAUCUAUAAUAUUUUACAA